AUGGCUGCCCCGUUGAUGACCGUCUCCGAAACUAAGGACCUUCGGGGCCUCAACCUCAUCGCAGCACACUCGCACAUUCGCGGUCUCGGCGUCGAUGCCACCAGUCUCGAGCCUAGAGCCGCGUCGCAAGGGCUCGUCGGUCAAGAGAAGGCUAGAAAAGCUGCUGCUGUCAUCCUACAGAUGAUCAAGGAUGGCAAAAUUGCUGGUCGCGCGGUCCUGAUUGCUGGACCCCCGAGUACCGGAAAGACUGCAAUUGCCAUGGGCAUGGCGCAAUCGCUCGGCCCCGAUGUCCCCUUCACGUCGCUCGCGUCGUCCGAGAUCUUCUCCCUCGAAAUGUCCAAGACCGAGGCCCUCACCCAGGCGUUCAGAAAGUCCAUCGGCGUUCGAAUCAAGGAAGAGAGCGAAAUUAUGGAAGGAGAGGUGGUGGAGAUCCAGAUUGACCGCAGUGUCACCGGAAGCACGAAGCAGGGCAAGCUCACCAUCAAGACGACCGACAUGGAAGCCGUGUACGACAUGGGCAGCAAAAUGAUCGACGCCAUGACCAAGGAGCGCGUCAUGGCUGGCGACAUCAUCUCCAUCGACAAGUCUUCGGGCAAGAUUACGAAACUGGGUCGGUCUUACGCGCGUUCCCGCGACUACGACGCCAUGGGAGUUGACACCAAGUUUUUGCAAUGUCCGGAUGGCGAACUGCAAAAGCGCAAGGAAGUCGUGCACACCGUGACUCUUCACGAAAUCGAUGUCAUCAACUCAAGAACGCAAGGUUUCCUCGCACUCUUCUCCGGCGACACUGGUGAAAUUCGCAGUGAAAUUCGAGACCAGAUCAACACCAAGGUUGGCGAGUGGAAGGAGGAGGGCAAGGCCGAAAUCGUCCCCGGUGUCCUGUUCAUCGACGAGGUACACAUGCUCGACAUCGAGUGCUUCUCAUACAUCAACCGCGCGCUCGAGGACGACCUGGCUCCCAUUGUCAUCAUGGCCAGCAACCGUGGCAACUCUCGCAUCCGCGGCACCAACUACCGCAGUCCACACGGUCUGCCCAUUGACUUCCUGGAUCGGGUUGUCAUUAUCAACACGCACCCUUACUCGUCCGAGGAAAUCAAGCAGAUCCUGUCGAUUAGAGCACAAGAGGAAGAGAUUGACGUGUCACCUGACGCCUUGGCCCUCCUCACAAAGAUUGGCCACGAAGCCGGCCUCCGAUACGCCAGCAAUCUCAUCAGCACGUCACAGCUUGUCUCUGCAAAGCGACGAGCCAAGCAAGUCAGCGUGGAAGACGUCCAGCGCAGCUUCCAGCUCUUCUACGACCCCGCCCGCAGCGUCAAGUUUGUGGCCGAGUCCGAGAAGCGUCUGAUUGGAAAUGAUGGUGCGGUUGACUUGUCCGUGACGAAUGGCUCGGCUGCUGCCACGGAGAAGAUGGAUCUUAGCUAG